AUGGUUGAACCGGUGACUGGGAAAGAGAGAAUCGAUGUAAAUAUAUUUUUGUUUAUAUUACCUGAUCUUUUCUUUUCCUUUCUUUCUUUUCUUUUUCCUUUCUUUUUCUUCUUUCUUUCUGUCUUUCUUACUUUCUUUUUCCUUUCUUUCUUUCUUUACUUUUUACCCUUAUUUUUCCUUCAUUCCCUUUUUCUUUCUAUCUUUCUUUCUCUUUUUCUUUCUUUAUUUAUUUCCUUUUUUUCAUUUAUUCUUUCUUCCAUUUUUCUUUCUUUCCUUCUUUUCUUUCUUUUUCUUUCUUUCUUUUUUUUUUUACUUUCUUUACAAUUUUCCUUUUUUUUUCUUCCUUUGAUUCUUUUUUUUCAUUUUUCUUUCUCACCUUUUUUUAUUCUUUCUUUGUUUCUUUAUUUCCUACCUUUUUUCUUUCUUUCGUUCUUUCUUUCCUCAUUCUUUUUCUUUUUCUAUAUUCAUUUUAGGCUUUUUUUUUCUUUCUCUGUAAUUCUUUCCAGAUUUUUAAUUUUUCCAAGCUUGAUUUUAUUCCAUGUGUUUCCCAUUCCUUUGUUUGAAUUUCCUUCGUUCUUUCAUUCCUUCACUCUUUUCUAUUCGGUUUCUUUCGUUCUUUCUUUUCUCGGUCUGUCGUUCUUUUUUCCUUUUUCCUUCAUUUUUUCUUCUUUUUUUUCAGUCUUUCAUUAUUUUUAUUUUUCUCUUUCGUUUUCAUUCUUUCUUUUACUUUCGCUUCCUUUUUUUCUUUCUUUCUUUUGCAUUCAUUUUUUUUUCUUUUUUCUUUCUUUCUUCUCUUCUUUUGCUUUCUUUCUUUUUCAUCCUGUCCUCUUUUCAUUCUGCGUUUCUUUCUUUUUUUCUUUUUUUCUUCUUCUCUCUUGCUUUUUGCUUCUUUCUUUUUCUUUUCUUUCUUUUUUGUUUUCUUUCUUUUUCUUUGUUUUCUUUCUUUUUCUUUCUUUCUUCUUUCCUUUCUUUUUUCUUUCUUUUUCAUUUCUUUCUUGCUUUCUUUCUUCUUUCUUUUUUCAUUCUUUUUCCUUUCUUUUUUUCAUUCUUUCUUUCUUUCUAAGCUUUAUAUUUUGGAGUUGUUCCAUACAUUCUCCAUUUUCCCAUUAUUCUUCCAUUCAUUUUUUCUUUCUUACUUUUCCUUUUUCUUUCCUUCUUGAUUUUAUACUUUGUGAUUUUUGCAUACAUUUCCCCUUUCUUCUUGUUUCAUACUUUUUAUUUUGUGGUUUUUGCAUAUAUUUUUCCAUUUCUUGCUUUUUUCUUUCAUUCUUUUCUUUCUUUUUUCUCUCCUUCUUUCUUUCUUUCUUUCUUUCUUCCAAUUUUAUUUUACCUGUUUUAUUUCUUUGUAUUCUUUUCCAGAUUUACUCAUAUUUUCUUUUAUAUUUCCUUUGCUCUUUCUUUCAGUGUAUUUUUCAACUUUUCUAUCUUCAUAUUCCUUUCUUUCUGUUAAGUUCUUUCAUUAUUUCAUUCCUUUAUACGAGUUCGAUCCUCACUGAUUGUCCCAUUAGUAACGAUUUACCAGGCUGA